AAAGACGGCCUUGUACCUGAAACUUUGGCCGAUGUUUUGAUGCCUCAACCAAUGAAGGCACAGACAGAAAAGAAAAAGUCGCGUGUUGUACUGGAAGGACGGGUGAUAAGUGGUGAAGACAUGCUGAUAAAACUCAGAGAGAAAGAAAAGGCAUUAGAAGAGAAAAGGGAGAGACAAGAAGAAAGAAAAAGGAAACGUGAGACAAAGGCUGAGGAAAAGUUAAGUAAAGAGAAGGCGAAACUGAGAAGAAAAGAGGAGAAAGUAAAGAAGAUUUCAGAGUCUAAACAAAAAAAACAAACAAUUGUUAGGAGGAAGCGAGUCACAACUGACGAGGAACGACCACAAAAUGAAAGGCAAAGCAGACUUGCCAGUCCGAUUUACACGUGUGGUGUAUGCAGUGUGCGAGGGAGGGUUGAUGACGAGGCACAUGGCAUAGAGUGGGUGGGGUGUGAUGAGGACAUGUGUUUGACUUGGUACCAUUUUGAAUGUUUAAGUAGUGAAGAGAAAUAGUUCGUUCGUGAGAGCCUGUCUGAAGGUAGCGAUUGGUUUUGCAAAGAAUGCAAGCCAUGGCUUUAUACCGAAGAAUAAAGCAAUAUCUUAAUAUUGUCAAAUGUAUAUACAAAAUCUGCGCACGUGUAGAGCUGUGUUUACAGAUAUUCAUGUAUAUUCAAAAUGAUUAUCAAAAGGUUUUGGAUUAAAUUAAAUAUUGAAGUAUCUUUUAUUUUUCAGAUUUAAGAAGCAACUCUUUUAUGUUAAACUUUACACUUGUGGCCGUUUCACAGUCGUUAAAUCUUUUAUUAAUAAAUUUAUUCUUGGAACGUUUUAAACAUUAGUUUGUUUGAUUUUUCUUACAGGUGAAUCAAUGAUUUUUUCAUCUUGUUGUUAUCAGCUAUGACCAUUUAUUGUCAUAGAUAGCUUCUGAUUUUAAUAAUUCAAGUGAAAUACUUCACGUUUAUUUAAUGCGUGCAAUAGCUUUGGAUAAUUGUGUUGUUCUGUCGGCAAAAGUAACUAGACAGCAUUGAGCCACGGUAAUUAAGCAUGGUUAUGAACGUUGGCCAUAAAUUGUUAAUAAUUUCAAAGUAUAUGGUAAAAAUAUCAGUAUUAGGUAUGAAAAAUAUAUAAAGUAUCAAUAGAAAUGAUUAUUUUUGAUUUUCAGCUGUUUCUGGCCUAAAACGUAAGGUGUCGACGUUAUCUACUGUCGCGGUGCAAAAUAACACGUUUUGGGUACCUCAUUCAGGGCCUCAUAGAAGUACCUGUUCUGUUUCUAAAAAUAGUUUUUUUCGGUGUCGCGUAAAAUUGACUGACUGAAGUUUGUGUAAGUAUGUUACGGGUGUAAUUUAUAAAGUUACCUAUCAGAUAUUGAAGAAAAAUUGUGUUUUAGUGUCGAAGUUAU